AUGGCCGAGGAACAGCAGCAGCGCUGGGGCACGGGCGCUUUCCAUGUGGGUCCAACUGUGCAGGGGAUCCACCACCGUGCUCCUACAGCAUAUUUGUUUCCAAAGCCCCUCGGCUCCAGCUGGGUCCUCCUGCCCUCCCCAGAGCCUCAGGUCCCGAGGGCCCGGGUUGCAAAAUGUUCCCUGUACAAACACGCAGGAGGCAGGAAGUGCAAAGUCCUACAGAGGUGUGUGUGGGAGGGUGGCGGCAGGGAUCCCGACGGCUCCAGGCCGGCAGGGAGCCUUAUUCUUCCUCAUCUUCGCCCGAAAAAGAGGACACACUUAGGAUACCGCGCCAAACGAAACAACAGCGAGACUCUCCCCCGCCGCCGGCUCCGCCGCCUCGUUUCCGCCGAGCCGCGGGCACUGCGCAGGCCCUGCGCCGCCGCCCGCAUGGAGGAGGAGGAGGAGGAUGAGGCUGGCGGCGGCCGGGCGACCACAGCGAGCCCGGCCGCGUCCGCCCGCUUCGUGCGGUGCCUCUACGCGGUGGGAUUCCUGGAUUUAUUUGGGGUGAGCAUGGUGGUUCCUUUAAUGAAUCUUCAUAUCAAAUCUCUAGGAGCAAGUCAUACAGUUGCUGGAAUCAUAGGAUCUCUCUAUGGUAUCAUGCAGCUAUUUACCAGCACAUUUGUGGGCUGCUGGAGUGAUAUAGUAGGAAGACAGUAUUCCCUGCUUGCUUGUAUUCUUCUCAGUGCACUGGGUUACUUCCUUCUUGGAAAUUCCACCACAGUGUUCCUGUUUGCUAUUUCUAGAGUCCUUGUAGGUAUUUUCAAGCACACACUGUCCAUCUCUAAAGCGCUGCUGUCUGACCUGGUCUCGGAGAGGGAUCGCCCUUUAGUAAUGGGGCGCUUCAAUGCAGCCUCCAGUGUGGGCUUCAUUCUGGGACCUGUUGUUGGUGGCUAUCUUGCAGAGCUCAAAGGUGGCUUUUACCAAACGGCCUUCAUCUGUGCCUCCAUCUUCCUUCUGAAUGGUGGUCUUGUCUGGAUGUUACCCUGGAGUGAAGAAAACACUAGCAAUAGGAACCAUUACCAAGACAAAGAAACAAACAGUUUCUCAGCAAAAUCAAAUCAUAAACAUCACUUGAAAUCAGCAACUAGUAGAGCUGUGACAAACAGUAGUUUUUUCCAGUCUCCAUGGAUCCAAGCUGCAACAGUGCUGAAGAAAAUUAAAGGAAUAGCAUGCUCUAAUUUGUGGGAUGUAUUUUUAGUACGGUUCCUGAUGUCUGUUGCUAUACUGCUGUACUAUAGUAAUUUUACUCUGGCCUUGGAGGAGAGAUUUGGGGUGAAACCCUUGUUUUCUGGAUACCUCAUGAGCUAUAGCAGUGCGCUUGGAGUCCUGGCUGGUUGUUUGCUCGGGCCAAUAACAAGACUCUAUGGGCACAACACUUACAGACUUCUGUUGCACUCCAGCACUUUUACCUGCACACUGAUUCUCCUGUAUGCCUCAGCACCGAGCAUAUGGAUGGUCAUUCUGUCCUCCACCUUCUUGGCCUUCUCCACCACUAUUGGCCGUACCUGUAUCAUUGAUCUGGAGCUGACUGUCGGUGGGAACGAGGCCAGCGGGACGCUCCUGGGUGUGGGACAGUCAGUGACAUCAGUGGGACGUAUUAUUGCCCCACUCCUUUCUGGAAUUGCUCAGGAGUUCAGUCCUUGUGGCCCUCCAAGUCUAGCUGUGGGACUAGCAUUAGUUGCUAUUGUGAUAAUGAAUGCAAACAAACAAAAAUACCAUAGUCAUGGAAGUGGGAAGUUAAAGGAUCAGUAGUCACAAUUUUGGAUUGCACAGAUGUAUCUUCACCUGCCAGGCUUGUACAGUAAUUACAUGAUUUUUAAAGAGAGCACAUUAUGUUCCUGUGGAAACAAGUAUACAUGUGUAUUUCUGCUGCAGGGAUAUUUAGACAGAUGUUAUUCCAACAGGUUCCCAUUGUACUGGCUGUGAUUUUUUAAAUGUAUUUUUAACCUUUAACAUUCUUUUUGGAGGGGAAAAAAGAAUGUCGGCAAACGCACAAAUCCUGCUUGUAGCUCAUUUUUGAAACAGUGUUUAGAUUGAAAGAUUGUUUAAAAAGGGUGAAUCAGAGGUGAAUUUUUGUUAUUUAAUCAGGAGAAUUUGCAAUAUGUUUGGCCUUAAUUUCUUAUUUUGUGGUCUGUUUCCUUUUGUCUGUUAUGACAGUAGCUUAUAUAACAGGAUGUUUGCUUAUGUGAUUUUUGUGUAGCAUGUUUUGUCCAGAGAACUUUUUGCGGACAAUGGUUGGGCACUUUGGAGUAAUCAUGCAACCCCAGCUGACUCCUGGUCUUUCCCAAGUAACAGAAUUGGGUAUAUGCUAACUUCAUGUACUAGAAGACCUAAUCUUAGAAUAAUACAAGGCCAUUCAGACUGAAACUGAGGCUGAAUUUAAGUUUUAUUGAAAUUUGAACUGGUGGCUUCUGUUUAGUAAUAAUUUCUACUGAGGAACUUUGUCAUAAUUUCUUUAUUUAUAUUUCCUGUGCAAUUUUUCUACCUUCACUUUAAGAAUAAGUGUCCUUCUUAAUUCUCUCAAAUGACUAAAGGUGUGAGCAUCUAGCAGUAGUUCAUAGAUCUGGAUUAAUGCAUCCUGUCUCAUCUCAGCCAUAAGUGACAUUUUGGUGACAAGAGAAGUACAGUUUUGUUACUAUUUUAGUCCUCAUUUGUGUGCAUGGCUUAACUGAAGAGAGGUUACUCUCAGAUCUGUACAGAGUUGUAGCACUCCUGUGCUAUUUACUGUUCAAGCUCAUUACUUGAAAGUUACGAUUGUUUGUAUUUCAUAUGAAACAUGGAAAAAAUGUAUUUUGCUCCGAUAAUGUUCUCUAUGAUCUUCAUUACAUUACCUGAUGAAAGUACAAAGUCAACUAUGUAAGUGUUUGGUUGGGGGGGGUUAUGCAAUUUAGUUAUCCCUUGAACACAUCAGUGCACAGUCUUCCUGCUUCAGUCAGUCAUGGAUAGUGCUUGUAUUUAUUUUCAUUUUCUUCUUUACCUUUUCCACUGCCUACUAGCAUUCAAAUAUUUUCUGAAAACUCUGUGAUUCCAGUGGCAGCACCAUAGGAAUUCAUAUAUGGAACUCUAAAUUGUUUUAAUUUUAUUUCAGUACAUAUCCUCAGAGUUCUUUAUUACAGUAAUAUGUGUUUCAUUUCUCCCUAGGAACUUGAGGCAUUUUCAAGUCUCUUAUCUUCUCUUGCCUUUCUUGGUAGAUGCCCAAAACAUUGUUGCUUUAAAUUUCCUAUUUUGUUUCUUUCCAUCUUUUAAUUUUCUUAUUUUUUCCUUUACUUAAAACCUCCAUUCUGUAAGUAAGGGCAUUCUGUUUUGCAUCUCUAGCAAGGGGUUAAGGAAAAGAGUCAAAGGAAAAAAACCUUCAAAAAUUAAUGUAUAUGAAUGAUUUCGUAAUUUUUCCAAUACUUGUGGAUUAUAUGACAUAAUAUUUACCCUUCUAAAUUACUGCACUGAUUUAAUCUGACUUCUGUGUACAUCUAUCCUAAUAUAUAUCCUACUGAAUGGAGGCUAUAGAAGCCUCACAUUUGAGAAAUCUGUGGAAGCCUGUGGUCUUGGGAACUCGUAACACAUUUUACAGAAGUUUUUUACUUGUAGGCCAAAAUUAUUCCUGAAGUGCCACAGAAAUAUUUCUUUUCUGUAUUGGUACAGAAGAAUUGCACUAUAUUUUUUUUUCUUUAAGGACUUUAAGAAAUAAAAUGAAGUGACAUUAUGUAUGUAUCAUUAUGUCACUGUGGUUUUCUUCCCAUCUUCCUCUGCUGAAGCUACAGCACAAAAUAGAAGUGUUCAAGUCAAUGUGAAGUGUGGAUGCUUUAUUUUUUUUUCCUCAAGCUGUGGUUAAAAUCAUUUGAAUCUGUCUACAUUUCUCAUAAAGGGCACAGGAACCAAGGAUUCAACCAAUAAGUGGCUUGGCAGUGAAUGAAAAAGACGAAAUAAAAUAAAAUGGAGAACUCUGCA